ACAGAAUGCAUCAACACAGAGGGAAACUAUAUCUGUAAGUGCUUAGCAGGUUACCUGCCAAACACAUGGAACCCUCGUGAAUGUGUAAACAUUGAUGAACAAGUCUACCCAGAGAGAGGCACCUGUGGUUGCGAACAGGGAUGCAUUGAUACCCCAGGCUCGUAUAAAUGUACAUGUAAACCUGGUUAUAUCCUAAUGGCAGAUGGCAAGGGAUGUUUAGAUGUGAACGAGUGUAGGGCAGGGGUAGAUAAUGCCUGUUCCCCUCUGGCUCAGUGUAACAAUCUAGAUGGUUCAUAUGAGUGUGUUUGUAGGGACGGUUACUAUGGCAAUGGAUUCAUCUGUUCAGGUAAAUAGAAUUCAGUGUUUAUUUUUGACUCUUCAAAGAAGAAUGAGAUAACUCAAUGAACUGGCAGACACUUUAGUUGGAGAAAAACAACUAUACAAUAUACAUCUUUACUGAAAAGUGCUAGACUACAAGGGCAAAUGAAGACAGCUAAUAGUUAAUGUAACUAUAGGAUAUGAUGUUGACCCAUUCUGGUACUCAUCGCAUCUGUCUUGUCUUUCAAUGCAAAAUCCUUUGAAUUAGUUAGGAUAAUUCUCAAAUUUAAUUUGUGACUUUUUAAUAUAUGAUGACUUAACAAGGCAUGCAAACUAUAG